AUGCUGGAUAUUCUCUUGAAGCCAACACAACAAACGUUUGUUGAUGAUCCUGAAUCAUUGGACGAGACAUCGGCAGACGAGUUGGUAUUUGAUUUCAAACAUGAUAUCAAAGACAUCAAUAAGCUUCAUGCUUAUCAUGCUGUUCGAGUUCUUAGUACAACGGUCAAUGAGAUUAUCCGACUUCAAAGUCGACCGGACUUACUCCUGGAGUUCCGCAGGAUGCAGCUAGCCAAAUACAACAUAGGUGUGGAUGAAUACACUCCUCCUUCGCCCUGUGCCAGUAACCCGACACUUUAUCAGCCUGAACCCAAGAUCGCAUCGUGCAAACCUACGAGACCCACUACAACGGUAGAACGGAUUUUCCCUGAAGACGUUAGUCAUAGAAAUGGAGAGGAGAAACGGAAGAUCUCCGAGGUCAUGAGGUCUCAAACUCCUCCGUUAUCUCCGCCGUUGAAGUUCUCCAAGUUGAGAGACAACUUUAAUGACCCUCCUCCGCCUCAGUUAUCUUCUGGGGCGGUUACUCCCACAGAAGAGGAUCCCUUUUACGAUCGCAUUAUCAACUAUGGUCACGAUGACAGUGGGUUGCAAAGCACCAGCACCACCAGUUUGGAUGGUGAUGAUGACGAUGACGAUGACGACGAACAUGAUGAAUGUGGUCCGUAUAUCCCAAUUGAAGAGUUGACAACCACAGCUGACUUGGACCCUCAUAAUGUUCUUGAUAGGACCGACGAAUGGCUCCGGAAGGAGUUGAACUACAACAUGACUUCUAAAAUCACCCAACAAAAUGGCCACUUGCUAAAGUUGUUUGAUUUGAUUAAGAAACCUCCGUUGUCUAUCGAAGACUUUCUAAACCGGAUAAAAACGUAUUCUCCCUCGGUCUCAGUUAGUUGUUACAUCCAUAGUGCAUUUUUAUUGUUCAAAAUGACCAUUUUGUUGGACGUUAUUCCGUUAACAGAUUACAACGCUUAUAGGUUUAUCCUUGGAGUCAUUAGAUGUUCUACCAAGAAGUUAGAAGAUGUCUACCAGAAACAAUCGGCUUUUGCAACCGUUGGUGGUGUAAGUCAAAAGGACUUGUUUAAGAUCGAGGUGGGGUUCUUAUAUUUAAGCAACUUCAAGUUGGUUGUUACUGAAGAGAACUUGAACUUUUAUUUAAAGGAACAUUUUACUGAUUUGGUUGAUUUCUGUAACCAGAAGUUGUCUGAUUAA